AUGAGGUCGGAGCAGCAGGAGGAGGAAGUCAAGAUGCAAGUGGUGUGCAAGACACCAGCAGUCAGCUCCCAGCUGGGCACGGCCGCCAACGCCAGCCAGGCUGGGUUCCUCCUCCUGGGAAUCACCGACAGCCCGGGUGGGCAGAGCCUGCUCUUUGGGCUGCUUCUCUCGAUGUACCUGGUCACUUUGGUGGGGAACAUUGGGCUGAUGGUCUUGGUUUGGCUGGUGCCCAGCCUCCACACCCCCAUGUACUUCUUCCUCACCCACCUGUCCUUCACCGACGUCUGCAGCUCCACGGUCAUCUGCCCCAGGAUGCUAACGGCCCUCUGGUCGGGGAAGAAGGCCAUUUCCUUUGCAGCCUGUGUGACCCAGUUCCAUGGCUUCUCCCUCUUUGCCACUGCUGAGUGUCACCUCCUGGCCGUGAUGGCCUACGACAGGUACGUGGCUGUCUGCCAGCCCUUGCUUUACCUCAGCGCCUUCUCCGGCCGGCUCUGCUGGCGCCUGGUAGCAUCAUCCUACCUCCUGGCCUUCCUCAGCGCCACCAUCUACACCAGCUGCACCUUUGGGGGCUCCUUUUGUGGGCCCAAGCAGAUUGAUCACUUCUUCUGUGACGCCAGCCCGGUGCUGAAGCUCUCCUGCUCGGCCACCCGCAGCCGGGAGGAGGCCAUCGCCCUCCUCGUCGCUCUCAACGGGGUGGCCACGGCCACGACCAUUCUGGCCUCCUACAGCUGCAUCCUCUGCACAGUGCUGAGGAUGAGCUCGCCACAGGGCAGCUCCAGAGCCUUCAAGACCUGCCUCUCCCACCUGGCAGCUGUUUCCCUGUACUAUGGGACAAUAUUCUUCACGUACCUACAGCCUGUGUCCAGCCACGGAAGGAGGGACAAGGUGGUCUCCAUCUUCUACACUGUGAUCACACCCAUGCUCAACCCCUUCAUCUACAGCCUGAGGAACAAGGAAGUGCAGGGUGCUCUGGUGAAGUGCAGCAGCAGGGUCUUAAACCACUGCCAGCAUGCAAGGCUUGUGGCAGCUCCAAAGGGAGCAGAUCAUCUGAGGUGGGAAAGACCUCCAAGCCCCCAGAUUUUCCCCUAA